UCCGACAUAAAGCUGAAGCACAGAACAAUGAAGCUGAUCAUCCUCAAUGACUAUGACCAGGCAAGCGAAUGGGCUGCAAAAUACAUACGAAAUAAAAUAUUACUGUUCAAACCUGGUCCAGACAGACAUUUCACACUGGGUCUCCCAACAGGAAGCACUCCUCUGGGUUGUUACAAAAAACUGAUUGAGUACUACAAGAAUGGAGAAAUCUCAUUCCAGUAUGUAAAGACUUUCAACAUGGAUGAAUACGUAGGACUUCCGAGAGAUCAUCCUGAGAGCUACCACUCCUUCAUGUGGAAUAACUUCUUCAAGCACAUAGACAUAAAAGCAGAGAACACCCACAUCCUAGAUGGCAAUGCUGCUGACCUGCAAGCAGAGUGUGAGGCUUUUGAGGACAAGAUAAAAGCUGCUGGGGGGAUUGAGCUCUUUGUUGGAGGUAUUGGACCAGAUGGCCACAUUGCCUUCAAUGAGCCUGGAUCCAGCCUUGCUUCCAGAACCAGGGUGAAGACCCUGGCACAGGACACAAUUAUUGCUAAUGCCCGGUUCUUUGAUGGAGAUUUGUCAAAAGUGCCCACCAUGGCACUGACCGUGGGAGUGGGCACUGUAAUGGAUGCCAAAGAGGUCAUGAUUCUCAUCACUGGAGCGCAUAAGGCAUUUGCUUUAUACAAAGCUAUAGAAGAAGGUGUGAAUCAUAUGUGGACAGUGUCUGCAUUCCAGCAACAUCCACAGACGGUUUUUGUAUGUGAUGAAGAUGCCACCUUGGAACUACGGGUUAAAACUGUAAAGUACUUUAAAGGGAUGAUGCAUGUGCACAAUAAACUGGUUGAUCCUCUUCCCUCUGGGUCCAAGAAGAACUGAGGAGUUGUACUCUGAAUUUUGGGUUCAUAUAUGAGGGACACUGAGAUCAUUUUUGUAUUUUGAAGAAGCUAAAAAUAAAAACAGUAUUUGAAGUCAGAUACAAUCAGUCAUUGUAUGCAAGGUUCUUGGAGUAAUUUUUCAGGUUCAUAGGUGUUUCUUCAUACAGUCUUGCUUUAUAUGUGUUGUUUUAAAUAAAGGUGCCAAGUGGUUAAUUUUUAUA